AUGAAAAGGCGGUCUCGGGCUGCCUCACCUACGCCGCGGCCGAAGGAGACGGUGUCCCCGGCGUCGAGGCGCUUUUCCUUGACGAAGCGGCUCCAGCCCUUGGUCAUGACGUAG